CUACAAUCAAAUUCGAAAGACGAUUCUCCUAUUCCGUAAGUGUUGCUGACCGGACCCGGAGUAGCGACAUUUAUCGAGUUUUCACUGUACGUAUCUGAGAGACGGUUUUCGUGUUAAAAUAUGUGGGAAGAAAUGACAGAGAAAAAACUUUUGGAAAUAGCAGCUGCACACAGUGGUUUGGUAGUAUUUGAAGGCUGUCGAACAAUUUUACGUAAAGAUUAUAAAAAUAUGACUGGAAAAGUCAAGAUAAUAUGUGGUGGUAGAAUUGAAAAUAAAUUACCAUAUACAGAAUGUGUAGGUCCUGGUAUGUUGACAGCUGCAAUUUUAGGAAGUACUUCUGCACCUCCACAAAAUAUUAUAUCGAGAGUUAUUGAAGAAUUUGAAUUUGAUUAUUCUUCCGGGAUAUUGUUAAUCAUAGAUAAUUACGCAGAGUAUCCGAUAAAUUUUAAUCUAGCUAAAUUUUACGCAGAGGGAAAGGGAUAUAUUGUCAAAGUAAUUCAAAUACCUACAAAUUAUUUAUUAUCUAUUACCAAGGAACAAAGUUUCUUAGUAUUACUUUUUCUAUAUAAAAUAGCUGGAGCUAUGUCGGAAGAAGGAAAAACCAUAGAUGAGAUUUAUAAUAUUUGCAAAUAUGUCGUAACUAGCGGAGAAAUAGUUUCUUUGAAAACAGCGUAUGAAAAUAUUCACGAAGAAUGUGAAAUGGAGGUGUUUUCAAAUUUAGCUAAGGAAAUAUUUAAAUCUACGAACCAAGAUGAAAGAACUAAGAAAAUAUAUGAAACAAACGCUCCAUUUUCUAUUAAUGCACGCACAAAUGAUAUUGCAAUUAUGACCACUGAUACGCUUGAUAUAAAAAUGAAAGGCCCAAUAAUAAAUGAUGAAUCUGGGAAAAUAUUUGUAUCAAUUAUACUAAUGGCGUGCGAAGCAAUAAUAGCAUGCAUAAGACAAUUGAAUAGAAUGGAUCAAGAAUUUGGAAAUGGAGAUUAUGGUACAAAUAUUGCUUGUGGAGCCCAAGUUGUAAAAGAUAAUAUUCAGGAGAAUAAAAUAUUGGGGAUAAAUCCAUAUGCAACCUUUAUGCAAAUUGGUCAUAUUAUUCACAGAACAGUGAAUGGUUUGCAUGGAAAACUUUAUGCUCUAUUUUUGUUUAAUAUUGCUAAAGUUUUUUCAGAAUAUGAAAGCAAUAAACAAAUGACAGCUGAUAUGUGGUUCGAUGCGCUGAUAGUUGCCUGUAAAGAGAUGGAACAAAUUCAAUUACCCAAUAUAGCAGAACGAUCUAUGAUAUCUGCUUUGGUAGAAGUACAAUUACAUUUAACAAAUGUAUUAAAUGAAAAUGUAGACCCUAUCAACGCGUUUGGUGUAGCUGUAAGAACAGCUGAAAAGUUUGCUAUGAAUACUUUUAUUUAACAUAUGUUACAGAAAUUGAAAUAUCCUUAUCCUCAAGCACAUGCUAUAGGUAUAUGGAUGAGAGCUGCAUUUGAAGAUGGACAAUAUGAAUGUGAAGGAUGCCAAAGUAUUGGUAAUGUAAAAUAUUUGAGUAAUGAACAUGAAACUAGGACAUCGUUCCUUUCUGCUCAACAAUCAUUAACACAAGAUGUUUGGUGUUUGUUAAAGCAUGCUUGUUUUAGGAGUUUAAGUUGCGAGGUACAUCCCGGCAAAGAAGGUGUUUGCUACUUUGGAGAUGAAUACAGGGGGCAUGUUUUAAGUCAUACGUUUACGUUAAAAGAUGCCCAGGCAAGAGGUUUUCGAAGGUGGUGCAGUUUUAUCGUAUUCAUGAGAGACAAACAGUUUCUUUUAAAUAUGUGGCCAUUUUUAGUUGACAAUUUGAAGGAAGUAAUUCGUGAAUUACAAGAUUUCGCUGAAAAAAAGUACAACGCAGAGGAAGCGGAAUGUCCGCAAAGAAUUGUUCGUUUAACAACGGCUAAUAAUGGAUCGAGAUCAUAUAAUAAUUUGAACAAACAACCGAGAACUUUUAGUGAUAUAACUAACGAGAAACAUGUUUUUAUAAGAAUCCACAUGUGGCUGGUAUGGAUUCUUAGCGCAGGAGCAAGACAUUUUAUAGAAAUUUUUCCCAUGAGCUUUUUAGACGAUGAACUGAGUUACAAUUUGGGGCAUCAAAUUGAAACUGAAGAAGGAUUUACUUUGGUAAAUGCUAAAUUACCUGUAAAUUUAAAUUUGAAUUCAAACGAAUCGGAAGCAAUAUCAGAGUUCUCGGAAGUUUUAGAAAAAUCUACUACAGUGAUACUCAGAAAUUUAAGAAGUAUAUUAGGAAAGGAUCAAUUUAGGCAACUUUUAUAUUCCAGUUUAACAGGUGUACAAAUUUUGGUAAGAGGUCCAAGUAUUCAAAGGUUGGAAUCUUUAUAUGGACUUAGUUCUCUUAUUCCAUGUGCGUGUCGAAGAGUCAAGGCUCGAGCGACAGAAUAUAUGGAUCCUAAUAAGUGUAACUUUAUUGGUAUGGACACUUCGGUGGCUGUUCCUCUACCUUGUGCAAGUGUAUGUAGAUUAGAUAUUAUAUCUGAUGAACAUAAAGUUGAAAACACACAGUCACAUAUCGUCAGAUGGACGGGUUCGUUGCCACUGAAACUUCCAACAUUACUAACGAAGAUUGAAAAAUCCCUUGACAAUGAAAUACUUGGGAAUUCUACCCUUAAAGCACAUUUUGCCGCAUUACAGGAGGAAUGGGCGAACAUUGCAAAAGUUGUUCAUGCCAUGCGAGGCCGUGGUCAUAGCGGAGACCUUUCUGGACUUAUGCUUAGUUUAGGUGCUGGUCCUCACGAUAAAAAAUUGCUAGAUGCUUGGUCGAUGGGCUUGCCACCAAACCCAGCAUAAUCUUUUAUUUAAUUGACAAUAUUUUAUGCAUUGUAGAGUACUAUUGGGUUUCAUAUAAUUUAAUGUAUGAUAUGUAUUCUCUUAUAUCUUCAAUUUGUUCUUCAAUAUUUAUAUAUUUAAGGUUGUGCAUCAUUUUUGUAUUUAUAAUAUAGUAAAAAAU